AUGUCCGCCUCGCACAUCCCCAACCUGAACACCCUGCGUCGCGGCGGUGGUCGCGGCCGAUUUCGAAGUCGCGGAGGUGGCCAGACUGGUGAUGCAGGCCACGGGUCUCAUGGCGCCAAAGACCGCGUGGUGCAGGGCACCGACAAUGACGCCAGCGUCUCCCGCCUCAGCGCCGUGAAUCUGGGAUAUCUCGAUGAUGUCUACGCUCCUGCAUUGACGCCUCCGGGCAUGGAAACCCGACGACUUCCCAUCAUCAACAGAGGUACCUACGUCCGCACCACUGCCAUCGACCGCCUCGUCACCCGCUUUCUGAACGCCCAUCCUUCACACCCCAAGAAACAAAUCAUCUCCCUGGGCGCCGGCACCGACACGCGCAUCUUCCGUCUUCUUUCCUCCCCUACCUACGAUGCAUCGAAUCUCGUCUACCACGAGAUCGACUUCCCCGUCAACACUUCCGCUAAGAUCAAACUCAUCCGCGCCGCCCCUCUCCUCCAACGCGUCCUCAGCAGCAGCAGUAGUGACACGGUCGAAAUCUCUCCAACCAACGACGCACUCCACUCGCCCUCCUACCACCUCCACCCCCUCGAUCUCCGCAAUCUACCCACCUCCCCAGCCCUCCCAGGCCUCGAUCCCACUCUCCCCACCCUCCUCCUGUCUGAGUGUUGUCUCAUAUACCUCACCCCCAGCGAAGCCAGCUUGGUAGUCCGCCACUUCACAGAAACCAUCUUCCCGGCGACCACACCGGUAGGGUUGGUUCUGUAUGAGCCCAUCCGGCCAGACGAUGCGUUCGGGCGCACGAUGGUGGCGAAUCUAGCCACGAGGGGGAUUCAGUUGCAGACCUUGCAGGAGUAUGCGUCGCUGGGGGCGCAGCGACGGAGGUUACGGGAGUUGGGAUUGGACGGGGGGCAGGCGGCAGCGGAUGUGGAAUUCAUCUGGGAGAGGUGGGUGAGUGAGCGGGAAAAGGCACGGGUGGCAGGGUUGGAGAUGUUGGAUGAGAUGGAGGAGUGGCAGUUAUUGGCAAGACAUUAUUGUGUUGCUUGGGGGUGGAGGGAUGUUCCGGGUGGAGUGUUUGAGGGAUGGAGGGAGAUGGAAGGGCAGGAGGAGUAA